AUGUCGGUGUUUCGACUCGCGAACGCUCCCGCCUCCUUGGUGUUUGUCAAUUGCAGCGAGGAGCUUGUGGAGAAGUGUGUUCAGCGGGGCGCUCACCAAGUCGAGUUCUCCAAGCACCCCUGGGCAGUGGUCGUUGCGCAGCCCCCUGGCAAUUACGAAGGGCCUGACGAGCCCCUGGCCGCAAUCCGUCAUGCCGAGGAUAACGGUGCCCACGUCCUUUCCCAAGACUGGGCAAUCAAGGCGGCACGUGCCAACCUGGCAGCGGCCAAGGAGUGCAUGACGGCCUUCCACGCGGCCAGGGCAGCUAUGGAGGAUGUCGGGGACGAGUUGCUAGACCAGGUGGAGACCGCACAAGAGCUCGUUGACGUCUUAGAAAGCCGCUGCCUGAGCCCAACCGACGACGACGACCAACAUGGCGGCCCCGUGGACAGCAAGCCAACGGCAAGCCACAAGCGCCGACGCGGUUCCGAGGACGACCCUGAGGAACAGGGAAUUGCCAUGGGAUCCGACUUCCAGCUCAGCGUUCCCUCCGAUGAGAGCGCGUCCGGGACCGACGACGGUCCGCCUCCCACGGCCCAGCACCACCGGUUCGACGACGUGGAGUUCCUCAACCUUGACCACGGGGCCUCGGGCCAUGUGCUCUGGUCACCUCAAGCAAACAAAGCGUUGUCCAAUCUGUCGCGGCCACAUGUAAAGAAGACUCUGCUCAACGCAGGCUGGCUGACCCAUAGUACCAAGCUUCAAAGGAUCUAUCAAGUUGGGUCGUGA